AGUGUUACCAGCCCCCAGCUGCAUCCCUGGCAGUGUGGAACUGAGCACUCUCAUGGCUGCUGCAGACCCUGUCCUGCCCCCCGAGGAGGUGGCUCUGCUGGAGCUGGGCAAGGUGGCCCUGGACAAGGUGCCACCAGCCCCAGAUGAGCACCUGGGGGACCCUGAUGCCACCCUGCCAUGGGACCAGAGUCAGCACAAUGCCCGGGGCCAGCUGGAGCUUGUGGAGACAAAGAAGCGCUCGAGUCCUGAGGGAGGCCAUGAAGACCCAGAGGAAGCUGUUCCCACCUGCCCCACAGCUGAGGCCGAAGAUGAGGAAGUUCCCCAGCUGCCCGUGAUGGCAUCCCACGUCUUUGUGCCCAUUGACCCGCAGUGCAUCGAGCAGAGCCCCUUCAAGCAGAAGCAGCACCCAACCCCAUGGCCCCGGGAGGAGGGCAGGGGAGAUGUUCCCCCCAGUGCCCCCUCCAGUGACAGAGCCAGCAGCCUUCACCACAAGCAGGUCUUCCUCCCCCUUGGCCCCUCGCGCUACAGGAACCCACCAGGCUUUGAGGGGCGCAUGGCCAAGCCCCUGGCUGAGGGCUCGCAGUGCCCGUGUGCCAGGGACUGUGGCACUGAUAACCUCAAGGCCGUGGCAUCGGUGGCAGGGGCCCUGCUCCUCUGCCCUUGCCUCAUCUAUGGAGCCUACAUCUUCCUGCCCUUCGAUGCCCCGCUGCUGCCCACCGUCAGUGCCCGCCUGGUCUACACACUGCGCUGUGCCACCUUUGCCACCUUCCCCAUCGUGCUGGGAAUGAUCGUCAGCGGCAUCUCCCGCCUCUGCUCCUCUGCCCUGGAGCCCUUUGGAGAGCUCCAGCGGGAGGUGGAGAUCCACCGCACUUACGUCUCCCAGUCCGUGCACCUCUUCAUCCUCUACUUCUUCAACAUGGCCGUGCUGGCCACCUACCUCCCACAGGAGCUCCUCAAGCUCAUCCCACUGCUCACAGGGCUCUUCGCCAUCUCCAGGUUGAUUUUCUGGAUGUCCUACGCCAUCGGCCGCUCCUUCCGUGCCUUUGGCUUCAGCAUGACCUUCCUGCCCCUCCUGGCCAUGCUGCUCUGGAACCUGUAUAGCAUGUUUGUGCUGGAGCCUGAGAACCUCCUCUCCCUGGCACAGCCAACGCCCGAGAGCCGCUCCAAGGAGAGCAGAGCUAAACUCCGCCACUGGGGCUGAGGGAGGCCAUGAGAUGGAGUGCCUGCAUCCUAUGGGUUUGAGCUUCCUUCAUGCCCUGCCCCAAGAGUCCUGACAGCUGACAGAUCCUGCUGGGCUCCUUCUCCCUGCCUGGACAUAGGGAGGUUUUGCUGGGCACACAGAACCAGCUGCAGACCCUCUGCACCAGGAGACUCCUGCUGGAAGGUGAACAAGAGCAGGACACACUGAGCCCUGUUCCCUGGGAAUGGGUGGGAUUUGCUUCCCCUCCUGCUGGAGCCAGCUUUGCCCAAUAAAGCCCUUACCAAGCAGCUCUGUGCCUGGUUUGCAGAGGGUGAGUUAAAUUUCACAUAGAAUGACUCAGAGCUUCGCCUACAGCAUGCAAUCAUCCAGCCUCAAAAUUAUGUUUCCAAGAGGGAAAAAAAUGUUUCCCCCAGAAUGUCCCUCUCCCAACCCUGCAUCCCACUCCAGGGUCCCUGCAUAGCCAGUCUCACCCUGUUUGUCCCUCCUCUUCCUCCUGGUGGAGGGUCAGCACCCAGUUCUCAAAGCAGUGGGUUGGAUGGGAGGGAGGAAGCUGGGUUGGGUGACAUGGCACCAGCUUUGCCACUGGCCAGGGCCAGGGAUGGCCAGUCCUCCCCAGGAUGGGUGCUGAGCCCCUCCUUCUGCAGACAUGAAUGGACCCCUGGGAGUGGCAUUUCUGACAGCCUCAGUUGUCAGUCCUAACCCAAAGCAGUUAAAAAUCCACCCAAUCCAGGAAAAGCCACUCCAGCUUCAGAUCUGUCCGAUGUCUGGCUUGUCCCACCUCCCAUCCUGCAAUGCUGGAUCACAGGAACAGCUCACCCCAACCAGAGAAUGGAAUCAAGGACCUGAGGGACUGCAGUGAAGCUGUGUCUUGCUUUGAAAGCCAGGUGUCCGUCCAGGAAGCCAGAAACCUCCUCUGCAAUGGAAAAUGUGACCCCCUUCCCUCCAAAUUAUUUUAACUCUGAAAUCAAAGGGCUUUCAGGCAAAGAUAUGGGGAAAGUGAUAUACAUACACUUCUUUACUAAUAUGUAUAUAUGUAACUAGGCAAACAACAAUGUGAAAACCACGUUCACUCUCCUGUGAAAAUUUAAAAAGUUUAAUAAAGGGCAAUAGGAGACAAGGACUAUGGAGCAAAGGAUGUUAGGGUGCAUUUUGGCGCUCAGCCAAGACCACUCUGUUAUCUUACACCUUAAAUACCUUAUCCCUUACAUCAGCCUGUUGCAUAUUCAUAGAUCCUGAUGCAGAGUAAACUUUUUCCCCAAGCUAGUUUAAUGUUCCAAGAACUGUUCAGCAUAUCUCCUCCUUGGAUCUGCCAUUUUAGAGUAUGCUUAUUCCUGGGUUGUGGUUUUAAUCCUUUUUUAUCAUCGUCUUCAGUUUUGGGUCUUGGUCCACACUGUCUUCAGACAGUGGGUGCUGAUAGUUGGCAGAUCUGUACAGGUGUCCCCAUCCUGUGUUCAUCGGAUGUUAUCCCAUCCAAGCAGGCAUUUUAACACAAGCAUCCUUAUAUCAGCUAUUUCACUACUAUGUCUAAGCUUAAUUAACAACAGAAAUAAAAACUACAUCUUUAUUACAAAGUUAUUUCAACACCACACAUAUAAAAUCUGUGUUAAUGUUUGCAAAAAGCCAAUAUUAUAAUAUGUAUCUAUAACAAACAACAACGGCAGCACCACCAAAAAAAACUAGAAAACCCCAUAAAGUCUCUUUG